CUUUGGAAAGCCUCUCCUCUGCGUUGUGUAUGUUCAACAGGUAGAAUCAUGUUCCCUACUGCACUACCUCCCUUCUCCGAGUCAGGCUGUGAGAGAAACAGCCCCUGGUAAUCAUUGCAGAUUUCAUCCACUUCAGACAUGUUUCGUGUGUGGAUCAAACUCUGUCUCCUCUUGCCAGGGGUAAGUAGCUUCAUGAUCCACAACACCCUCCACAGCCUGUGCUUGGAGGACUUCCCCAAGACGGGCCUGGUUCAGCUGAAUAAAUGCAACCUGGACUCAGUUCUCCAGCAGUGGAUCUGGAGGGACCAGAGUCUCCUGGAGCAUGUGGGGACCUCCAGGUGCCUGUCGGCCCACCACUCUGACCCUGUCCAGACGGUACCCUGUGAGGGGGUAGAGGAUGGGGGACACAGGGGUGAUGGGGGGCUGCGGUGGGGCUGUGAGUUGAACAGGCUGAUCAGUCAGAACAGUUCUCUGGAGCUCUCCACAGACGGGAAACGACUGACGCUGUCCCACAGGAGCAAGCAGACCAAGUGGAGGUCUCUGGAUGAAGGGGAUAUAUGCCAGGAGAGGCUCAGAUCCAAAAGGGCAUGGAGCGAUCCCGAUGAGUUUGAGGUGAAACCUGCGGAAGAGCAGAAAGCAGGGCCUCCUGGUAUGACCGAUGAACAGAAAGAAUUCCUCAGAUGGUUCUAUCGCACUGAGGACCCAACUCCCUGGAAGUUUGCGAUGCUGGCUCUGUCCUUCGCUGCCCUUCUGCUGGGCUGUCUGCUUCUGGGAAUGGGCUCCAUGGCGAACAAAAACAGGAAUAAGAUAGCCAAGUACAAGGCGGCGGCUCUGGCCAUGAAGCCGGAGGCGGAAGAACUACAGGUCAUCGUCACGGAAGUUGGAGGUCAAAGAACUAACUCAGAGGUCAAACCCAUCAACAGCGCCUCUGUCCAGGUCAGUAUGAGCCAAUCUGAGAUCCCAGUGAGCCAGGCCAAGCCCCUCCAGGACAACGGGGAGGUAGAGGGGCUCAAACCGGGGGACAUUGUGGUGACCUGGAAUGACGGGAACGUGUCCAGCCUGUACCCUGAGCCUGAGGGGGAAGUGGAGGUGUUGGCGGAGGUAGAGAAAGAGGAGGUGGUUGAGGUAGAGAAAGAAGAGGUGGUGGAGGAGGUAGAGAAAGAGGAGGCAGAAGAGGGAGUGGUGGUAGAGGGUUGAAGGAGAGAGAUAUAACAGCCAUGUUCCUCAUUACUGCUCCUCUGCAGAGGCAGAACAGAAACUCCUAUUUACUUAGGCAUAACUGUCAUUUUAACUUGUUUUAUUUUGACCUGUAACUUAAACAACCACUGUCUGUUUAAUUACUGUAAUGCCCUUUUUACACUACUGUGCUGAGCCAGACCGUACUGUGCUGAGCCAGACCGUACUGUGCUGAGCCAGACCGUACUGUGCUGAGCCAGACCGUACUGUGCUGAGCCAGACCGUACUGUGCUGAGCCAGACCGUACUGUGCUGAGCCAGACCGUACUGUGCUGGCUCAGAUAUUUUAUUGGUGGAUGCGUAACCAUGCCAGCGCAGUACAGUUUGACUUGGCUCAGUAGUGUGAAAAGGGUAUACAACUACUACAAAUAAUGUUGUGUACAAGAUGUGCAGUAUCACAGUCAUCAUUCACAAGUACUUUGUUGUUUAGUAGAUAUAGAUCUACUGUAAACAUUGCUGGCCGUCGAUACCAAAUAGUUAGUAAAUGUUGUUUUUUGGUCAUGAAGAAGUGCAAUGUGUUUAUAGUGUAGUGAAGAGUUUUCCUAUGUCUCUUGACAGUAUGUAGGAACACUUAUAAACCAUGUGUCAUAAGCUUUUCAAGUGUAGUCUACUUGGGAAACACUAAAAGGCAACUAAACAUGGUCUGAGAUAACAUUAAGAUUGGAAGAUCAAACUGCUCUUUAUACAUCUCUUUUGUAAUUCUAUUUUGUAAAUUAUUUUUAGUUAUAAUGCUGGCCACCAGGAAGAUUAGCUGACCUCAUGGCAUCAGCUAAUGGGGAUCCUAAUAUAAUCCAAACUAGAAUUAUCUUGCUGUGAGUAUAGUGGAAAGCUCUUGUGAGAGAGUUUUCACAUAUAGAUGUUUUGGACAGAAAACAGAAUUCAGUGGGUUAACUUUUGUCAUCAUAUCACCUCUCCAUAUGUAAGAUACAUUUUCAUUGUGUUAUAAAAGCAUUCCACCAAUUGCAGUAUUUACAAUAAGGAAAUAAAACUGUUCAUAUCAAAAUAGUUCUGUUUUGUCAUUUUGGUUGGGAUGGCAUUAGCAUACAAUAGUAUAAAACUGUGUUUUAAGUUAUAAAAAAUGCAACCGUUGUUACACUGAUGAGCCUGAGGAGGGCGCCCACAUCUCGUGAAAACGAUGUAUAUAUGAAGUUAAAGCCCCAAUGCAGUUGUUUUGAUAUCAAUAUCAAAUCAUUACUGGGUAGCAAUUAAGUACCUUAAUGUAAUGGAUUUCCAUUAAAAUUGGCAAAAAAAUGCUUUAUAGCAAAAACAUAUUUCUCAAGCAAGAAUUUUGCUCAGACUGUCUGGGAGUGGUCUGAGAUGGGAGGGGGAAACUGAAAACUAGCUGUUAUUGGCAGAGAUGUUUGGAACUGUCUUUGUUAUUUGUCUAUGAACCCAUUUAUAGCAUGGUGAUGUCACCAUGGAAAGCCAAAACUCCCGGCCAUGCAAACCUGCUGAUUAGAAACCAGCACCUAUCAGGAAAUUACACUGAUCACAUGUUUUCACACUUUUACAGUGUUAGUUUCAUCAACUGUUGUACAAUAUAAUAUAAAACACAGAAAAAAUGAA